AAAUCCUGUUAUUAAUCUUGCGGUGACAUCUAUUUUAAGCCAAGUCUGCUAUUUUCCAAGUUAUUGCCCCAAUCAUUUAUAAGUCGGACUCUGUAACUCGAUGCUCUUGAUGACCUGUCCAGUAGUUGCUGCAGCCUGCAGUUAAAGUUGUGCAGUGUAUAUUGGCACUGCCCAGAGACUGGAGAUAUUACACAUGGCGUAUCCUUCCUGGAAUCCUAGACAGCUGGGGCAAUGUGCUGACUGGGCUAUGAUUUAAAAAUCUGGCUUUUAAUUCACAGAACUCCCUUCCUUUUAUAAAAUCCUUGCCUGUGUUUAUUGAAAUAUUUUGCCAGAAUGGCUAAGUGCAGCUCCAACUAAUGCUCACAAAAAGAUUAUAAAAUGUCCAGUAUAAGCAUAGUACAGAAACAGAUUUAGAUUUAAAGGAACAAGAACCCAAUGUAGCCACUAUAAACAAGCAUAGACAAUUUUUUUUUCAUAUUACUUUGCAUGCACUAAAUGCUAUUUUAGUUACUACAAGUAUGAUGAAGAUAAAUGAUGAAAUCAGAGGUGGAAGUUGCCCAAAAAGCUGUUAAACAACAUUUGAAAAAUCACAAAGGCAAUGGAAAGGAAGAGCUAUAACUGUUGAAACGUCAUCAAUCUUAAAUCCCAUUAGAGAGCCUGACUGCUUGGAGCUUCCAUACUGAGUGUGUGCUGAAAAAACAAAACAUUCCAUUAAAUUGUUUCCUGAACCUCAGGAACAUCGCUGUGGGGGGAGAAAAAGAGACAAGAGCUUAUCUUUUAUGUCAAAUGGGUUUAGAGAGUUGGCCCAGUUAAAGUUCGCUGCCACACAUGUCAGAGACGUUGUUUGCAAAGGCCAGAGUUUAAGUGGAGAUCUUUUCAGCUGCUCUUCUCCAGACUGUGCUAAAGUGCUGGAACCACUGCUGAAGGUAUGUGCUGUGAAGACCACUCCAGCUGAAGACCCCCGCUCUCUUCAGACUGCAGGACUACAUUUAUAACCAACCAGACAGAAGGCAGAAACAUGAGUUUGGCCUGCGCUCAGCUGCUCUUUGCUGCCACCCUGUGGAUACUGCCGUGUAUGACAGCAGCAGAGACGACGAGCAGCAGGUGCUUCAUCUGAGCGAGGUUUCCCUGGUGGCCGUACUGAGGAACAGCAGCCACAGCAGCGCGCCUCGAGAGCGGCGCAAACGCUUCAUCUCUAGCGAAGAUAUGACGGUAAUUUUGGACUAUCACAACCGCGUGCGUUCACAGGUCUUCCCACCCGCAGCAAACAUGGAAUAUAUGGUGUGGGAUGAGAGACUGGCUAAAUCUGCAGAGUCCUGGGCCGCUCAGUGUAUAUGGGAUCAUGGUCCGUCUCAUGAUUUGCGACACAUUGGACAGAACCUGUCCAUCAUCUCUGGAAGAUACAGAUCAAUCACUGACCUGGUAAGAUCCUGGUAUGAUGAAAGGCACCAUUUCUCCUACCCCAGCAGAUGCAGUGGCUUUGUCUGCACUCACUACACUCAGAUGGUGUGGGCAACCAGCAAUAAGAUCGGGUGUGCUAUCAGAAGAUGUUCAAACAUGUAUGUUUUUGGAAGUAUGUGGAAACAGGCCACCUUACUGGUUUGCAACUAUUCUAUCAAGGGGAACUGGGUUGGAGAGGCUCCAUAUAAGACAGGAAAACCAUGCUCUGCAUGUCCCUCAAGUUACGGAGGAUCAUGCAAUAAAAACCAGUGUGACUCCAGAUCAAAAUCCAGAAGAAAUGCAAGUUUCAGAGGCUAAAAAAGAAAGUAAAAGAAAAUAUGAUUAUAAAUAACAAGAAAUAAAAUAAAUAAAUACAUUUACAUAAUAGAAACCACUAAAACAAAUUUCACAAUGCAGAUUUUUCCAUGGUCAUUUAAAAAAACUGAACACCAUUUCAGUGCUGUAAAAUGUCCAAUUAAUCAAAAGUGUAAAUGUUAAAUUGAAAAGAAUGUUACCAACCCAUAGGUGUCAAUUUUGUAAUUUUUAAAUUACUUUAUUAAGCUUUUUAAUGUUUAUAAUUUGUUGUUUUUCAACGCUAAAGGACUGUUUGCACUGUUUUACCUAUAAUUUGUUUGUACUAAGUUGUAUCGCAGUGACAAUUCACACUGAGGAUAAAGCACUUUCAUUAUUAUUUUGUUCUUUUUGUACAGGUAAUACAUUUUCUUUAGAUUAGGAAAAGUUGUAUUUUCUGUGGUAUCUAAGUUACUAUCUUUAUGAAAUGUCUGUCACACUGGAGACAUGACUGAACUGGAAACACAUUUGUCCUCAUAAAAACUGAUCUUUUAUUUACAUUUUCUCUUAUAUCACAGACAGACUGUUGCCAACACCUUUCCAGCAGGCACAUAGCCAAAAAAGUUAUAAAUAAAUAAAUACACCAAGCAAAAAAAUUAUAAAUAUUUUUCAAAAAUAUAUUAGAGGCAAUUCAUUUUAAAAAAGUGUUUGUGAGCAGCUGGUCAAGGAUCAGUAUUGAGAAGCAAUAUGAAACCAUAUUUUAUCACCUCAUUAAUGUGUUCAAUCCUUCUAAAAGAGACACAUCUGCUGUAAACCACAGCUAAAAGGUUUUUAAAGCCAUAAAUGAAGAGCGGACCACUGCUCUAAUCUAAUGUAUAUGCCUGGGAAUCCUUUGGCAGUAACUGAAAUCAUUCAACUGAAUAAGAAAAAAUACUACUUUUUUAAUGGUUUAAAGAUUAAGUACAUUGAGUAUAAUAUUUUAAUUUCACAAUUUUACAAAUCAGCAUAUUAGAAUGAUUUGAAGGACAAAUGAA